AUGGAAGUCUUAAGUAUUGCAGGCCGAAAGGGCCGGCGGCCUGUUCGCAAGGCGUUUCGCUCCCGAAGCCACAAGUGUAUUUGCGGGGCUUUGUUUUUACUGGUGGUGGUUGUGCUUAUGCUUAGCACCUUCCAGUUUAAUGGGUGGUCUUUUCAAGACCUUGGCGAUGAUCAUGAGACACGUUUCCCCGCGGGCCUGUUGAAGCGGGGCCCUGGGGGAGGGACCCUCCUGGAGGUGCGCCCGCGGAACGGUGAUCAACCAUUGCGGCUCUCCCGGCUCCGUGAAUUCUGCUCCCAGUACGCGCCGGGACUGCAGAUGGCCGAGUGGUCUGGCUGGAACCUCACUCGGUUCCCUGCAACACUGAACAAAAGCGAUUUCCAGAUACCACCAUGCCCUCUCCUCCCGAAGCCAGUGUGCUUUCGCCAUGAUGUGGUGUACUAUGAUGGUGCGGACGUCGACUCACGCCGAGACCUUAAUAGAACGGGUGUUCGCGUUGGGUUUGUAUGGAAGGACCUGACUAGUGCGUCGCUUAGACAGCUGCAGGAUGGCACAUCCAUUGAGAAAUUGACCGUUGUGCCCGCGAUGGGACUUAUUCCAUUGGGGCGCUCUGUGUUGGGUCAGCUGUACCACAUCAUGAACGAUUUAGUGAAACCGGUGAUGACUCUCAUGGCAGACGAGGAAAGCGAAACAUCUGGGAGAGUGUACACCGAGCUGGGGAGGUCGCCCACACAGUUCUUCACGUUCCCACAUAGGCGUCUGAUGUGGCCAAGGGCAAAACUCAGGCAAGCGGUGCCACAAACGGCGCACUUCAUGGGCGCAUUUUCCCAUCCCACAGCACCCCUGCAUUACUUCUUCGAGGAAGCCCCUGUGUUGAACAACAACACUGUGUACUGCACCUGUCAGGCAAUCAUUGCCGGACGUAUUCGGCAUGAUGAUUCACCUGGGCGGAAGCAGACAGCAUUUCGUCUUGCCUCUGAACUGGUGCUGCGGUACAUGAACGAAACGCCCUACGAGUCUGUUUCCGGGACAGCCGGUGGUGGUUCACGGCGAGUGGAGAGAGUGCCGCUGCCCAUCCUGCGCCGUUUCAGCCACGUGCCGCACAUCGCGCAACGCUUCUGGACGACGGAGGCGGAGGCGAUGAACGGCACGACGGUGGUGGUGCCAUCCUACCGACCCAGGCUGCUGCUCAUCGACCGCCGGAGGCGCAAGGUGCAUAACACGAGCGGCUUAGUGGCUCUGGCGGAGCGCGUUGGUUUUAACGUCCAGGUGGUGCGGUUGGAGAGCAUGUCGCUGGAGGAGCAGUACCACGUUGGUCGUCACGCUGACGUCAUGAUGGGCAUGCAUGGUAUGGGGCUGACGCACGUCCUGUGGAUGGAUGGGCGCCGGCGAAGUGGCUGCCGGGCGUUGAUUGAACUGAUGCCCUUUGGCUGUCCCCAGAAGCUUGUGCAUUUUUACAGUGCCUUUUCCGCGAGUGUGGGGGUUCAUUAUGAGCACAUGGAGGCCGCCGACAUGUACUUCGAGGACGGUCCAAAGGCCGCCAAUAUUACGAGGGAGCAGGAGACUCAAGAAAUAAAAAGUCGCAUGCUGACAUGCAACUUUAAGUGGAGUUAUCGUGGCUUUGCCGACCAGACUGCCGUCUACAAUAUGUCAGCAGUGGAGGACCGUCUGAUGGCGGUGUACACGCGACUGACGGAGUGUGGUAUAGUGUAA